CCUUUUUCUCGCUCCAGAGGCAACCGACACCGACAGAAAUUCCUGAUAUUUCCUGCAAGAACAACCAUGAAAGCAACAAUUUUCAUCGUAGCCCUUGUGGUUGUCUUGUGCACGACCGCCUUCGGAUGCGACCACAUGGGCUACCGCCGGGAUGCGGGCCGCUGCAAGACGAAACACGAAACCAAUUUGCAACAGGCGUCAGCUUCCCAGAGAUGCUGCGCAUUCUAUGUCCUUUCGGAGUGCCUGAAGCUCGCCUCUCGAUACUCGGACUGUCCUCAGACUUAUGCCAUGGCAGAGCUGAAAGAGCUCCGCGAUGCAAGCCGCUUGACCCCAGACCAAUGCCAAGGUGGACGAGAGCAAUGUGGUGACGCGCAGAAAAGGCAAUACUAGUCCCAGCGCUGCCACCUUAAAAGGCGCCGACUAUGUCACAAGUGUGACACCUGUCACCUCACGCUGCUGCUCUCACGCUCUCAGUUAGGAAGGACACAUCCAUAAUGCUGGA